CAUCAUUCAGUCAAAAGUUCUGACACAUGAUCUCAUAUGUAGGAAUGGGUUCACAGAUAUUCAAAUCUUGGGUCUCUGUCAUCCUUCUCCUCCUCCUUCUCCUCCUUGGAUCAGAUUCCCAACUUCUAAAGAGGCAAAGAAAAGGUUGCAGUUUCCUGUUCUAGAUAUGGGUAUUUGCAUGGGGAAAUCUGCUAAGCUUGCUCAUGCUUCUUCUAGUUUAUUCCCUGAUUCUAAGACUUCCCUUGACAGUGAGAAGAAGGGAUCAGCUCGUUAUGGUCAGCAAAGACUUAAUGGAAGAUCAACCAGUACUACUACAACUUCCGAUCAUGAUCUCUCUAUCUCCACCUACCUCAAGCCUUUUACCUUCAAUGACCUCAAAACUGCCACUAGGAACUUCCGUUCGGAUAGUCUGCUUGGUGAGGGAGGAUUUGGCUUUGUUUUCAAAGGAUGGAUAGACGAGAAGACUUUGGCGCCCUGCAAACCUGGGACUGGGAUGGUUGUGGCUGUAAAGAAACUUAAGCCGGAAAGCUUCCAAGGUCAUCGAGAAUGGGUUGCAGAGGUUAACUACUUAGGCCAGCUACACCACAAGAAUCUUGUGAAGUUGAUUGGGUAUUGCACCGAAUCUGAAAAUAGACUCCUGGUUUACGAAUUCAUGCCAAAAGGAAGCUUGGAAAAUCAUCUAUUCCGAAAAGGAGUUCAACUUAUGACUUGGACUACCCGAAUGCGUAUUGCAGUUGAUGUUGCACGGGGACUUUCUUUCUUACACAGCUUGGAUGCCAAUGUGAUCUACCGCGAUCUUAAGGCUUCCAACAUUCUUCUGGACUCGGACUUCAACGCGAGGCUGUCAGAUUUUGGCCUUGCAAGAGAUGGUCCCAGCGGGGAUAGAACUCAUGUUUCGACUAGGGUGGUAGGAACACAGGGCUAUGCUGCACCAGAAUAUGUAGCAACAGGUCACUUGACAACAAAAAACGACGUAUACAGCUUUGGGGUUGUCUUGUUGGAGCUCUUAUCAGGGAGAAGAGCAAUGGGGGACGAGAAUGCCGGGGGUGCUGCACAAGAAACUUUGGUGGAUUGGGCAUUGCCAUUCCUAAGCGAUAGCCGGAAAGUUAUGAGAAUCAUGGACUCGAGAUUGGGCGGGCAGUAUCCCAAGAAAGGCGCCCAAGCUGCCGCUGCUCUUGCAUUGAAGUGUCUCCAUAUAGACCCGAGGGCUCGGCCUUGCAUGCCAGAUGUUCUUGCUGCUCUGGAACAGCUUCCAGCACCAAAGGAUGUGGUCUCCAUGGAUGCACCACCCAAGUUACAGAGCCAUGUAAAUGACAAGCUGAUUCAUCCUCAAAAACUUAAUAGACUGCAGUAAGAUCAGUUCUCAUAAACUCCACAUACUUGUCUAAAUAUUCUUCUUGUUUAGUAUUCAUUUCAUAUGAUUGUAAAUCAUCCAUCAAGUUUUGAUAGGUAUGAAGUACAUAUGCAAAUCCAAAAAAAAAAAAAAUGAAAAUAUCAGUUCAAUCC